AUGGCCAACGGGAAAGAGCCCGACUACUCAACCUCAUCGAGAUCCCGCUCACCAUCGCCAUCGAGAGGGCUGGCGUGGGUCGACCACCGGCUCCGCAUUGUCCAGCAGCAGCGAAUCCAGGAAGAGGCAGACGAGGCGCUCCGCGCUGAAGAGCAGCGAGUCCACGAACGUGCUCAAGAGCGUGACCGAGUAUACCGACAGGUCAUUCAGCCAGUGAUUUUGCGACACUUGUCGGAAACAAGGGUGCUUGAGGAGCUUGAUAACGCACCUCCAGCAGAACGCUUGGAGCCUGGGUCUCCUCACGCGGAGAGCAGCCAUGCAGCCAUGCAGCGACAGCCAAUGGAGACGUCGGGCUUUCAAGAGCAAUACGAUGACGCACCUCCCGCAGAACUCAUGCAAUUUGGAUCACCUCAGGCGGAGAGCAGCUUCGCAACCGCGCAGCGACAGCCUGUGGAAACAACCACAGCAGUAUCACAUUGGCUAUUCGAGUCAUCGUCCCCUGACGUUCCAUCAAGACCUGUACAAGAUUCAUCUUCAGACUCCGACGAAGAUGAGGAAUGUGCCGUGCGGUCGAGCCGCAGCAUCUCACCAGGCCGCGACGGGCCUCCACCGCCCAGUUCGAACCAAGACCGCCACAUGUCGAGUCCUCUCAAUACUCGCCAUGCCCUUAACACUAGGAUCGACGGCAGCACGCCCUCUUCCGAAUACUCAUUAUCGUCUGACUCGCCUCCUUACAUAGAGCUGCCGCAAGACGCAAGGCAAGAUGCAUUGCACGCCGCAAGACAGCAAUUGCACCGUUGUCCCACUGCGCCGCCAGAGGAGAUGGCGAACUAUCGGAGAACCUGGGCAUAG